ACGUGUCAUCUGUUGUUGAUUUUUAGUGUAGCGGCCACUUUCUACCGAGAGAAAUUCCAAAAAGAGAACGUAGAUCCCGUUGCUGUUUUAAAUAGUGUGUUCUAGUAGUCCUUAUUUAGAAAAUUUCUAUCGAAACAACCAUGGCCACGUCAAAGGUAACAUUCAAAAUCACACUCACGUCCGAUCCGAAACUACCCUUCAAAGUAUUGAGCGUUCCGGAAACGACUCCCUUCACCGCGGUGCUCAAGUUCGCGGCUGAAGAGUUCAAGGUAGAUCCGGCGACCAGUGCCGUCAUUACGGACGAUGGUAUCGGUAUCAAUCCGCAGCAGACGGCCGGAAAUGUGUUUUUGAAGCACGGUUCCGAACUUCGGAUAAUUCCUCGUGAUCGUGUCGGUGGUUGCUACGUCCGGUUGUGAACCUACGUCUUUCGCCAACAAAACGCUUUUCUUUACAUUUAACUCCGUUCCGUUGCAUAUAUUAAUGUUUAUUAGAAUUAUGUGAUUUGGUAAAACGCUAGACUCGAUAGUCGCAACCCGUUAGCUUCAUUAUUCCGGUGCAAUUGUUCAUAUUCCGUUCGACAACUGAAAUAAAUAAUAUUAUUUCCAUUCGCAAG